AAAGGGAAGCACCCUCCCUCUCCAUCCCCCUGGGCCCGAGUGUGACACCCCCACAGAUCUGCCAGGGGGAUGGGCGGGCUUGCCCAGGGCCCCACCCCGGCCUGCUUGUGCCCUCUCCUAGACGAGGCUCGCGAGGCAGGGACAGGCUGCUGCUGCCUGAGUUGUGCGGUGGGUGGCGGGUGUCUGUGCCCCUCCGUCUGUGGGCCUCUGGUUGCCCCCUCCACAUCUCCUGCCCAGCCUCAUUCCCCUGAGGACGACUGUGGUUUUGCUGUCUCAUAGGACAGGACAUAAUGAAAUAGCCAGUCUGGGACUUCCCUUUCCUGCUGAGCCCAGACCCUCCGGUGCCUGGAGCAGACGGCGCUCAGCCCCUCCUGGAGCGAUGGACCCCCGCUGCGUGUGCCUCUGGGGUCUGCUCACAGGGGGCGCUCUGCGGGGCGGCUGGGCAGAGCCCACCUGGAGCAUGCAUGUCCCCCCACGGAUAACGGGGCUGAGAGGAGGUUCCAUUGUGCUGCCCUGCACCUUCACACACCCGCUCCAUGACUACGUGGGUAAAAUCCAGGUGAUCUGGAAGCCCGAUAUUUUCCAAUGCCUGGUGAACAACGGCAGCACUGAGACCGGCAGCUUCGAGAACUGCACAAGGGGUCAGGAGCCGAGUGGGCGCUUCCGCCUGGCCGGGGACCCCCGGCGGCACAACCUCUCCCUGCGCAUCGCAGGGCUGCGCUUCGAGGACAGCGGGGAGUACAGGUGCCGCGUGGUGCUCCUAGGUGUAAAGGGAGCGGCCUACGAGCGCAGCCCUGGGGUAACGCUCACCGUGGAAGCGCAACCCAGCAUCCUCAACCUCACGCUGUUCCCCGGGCCCCUCCCUGUGCGGGUGGCCUGCACGGCCGCGGGGAAGCCUGUGCCCAACAUCACAUGGCUGGGGCCGGCGGGGAGCGAGGUGGUGCAGCUGCAGGACACCCCUGGGCUCUGGAACCGGACGACGCAGGAGGUGUCCGUGAGCCGGAACGGGACCUACACCUGCCGGGCGGAGAACGUGCACGGCCGGGUUGAGAGCUCGGUGCUCGUGGGGCUCCAGGGACCCAAGGGGCUGCCCCUGCUGCUUACCAUCCUCCUCCCAGCAGCCCUGUUCCUGCUCGCCGUCCUCCUGCUGCUUGCCCUCUGCGCCCGAUGGAAAGGCUGUUGCCGGGUCCCGGGGAGGGAGCCGGCAGCCCCGGUGGGCCUCACCCAGGAUGCACCUUGCACAGGAGGAAGGGAGAGCGUAGGGAGAGCUCAGCCUGGUGAGGCCGAUACCUGCUUUCCCUGCCAGCCAGCUGCUCAUGCCAAUGGGCUGCCUCCUGCCCAGGCCCUGCCCCUGCCCCAGCCUGGGCCCAGCUCCCCUGUAAGGCAGCUGCCUGUGUCUCCCGCAGAGGACCCGGACAGCUGCACCUACGCAGAUCUGACCUUCCCCAGCCCUGGGGCCGGCAGUAGAGGUCCCCAGCCCGCAGCCCAGAGCCCCCCAGCACCAGCAGAAGAGGUCACCUAUUCUGAGCUGAUGCCAUACAGGGGACCCAGGUGAGCUGUCCAUCCCAGGACCCUCCCUGCCCCGUUCCCUCUGGAGUCACCGCACAAGGCACUGGAGCCUGGAGCAACCCACCUCAGCGAAACGACACUCGGCAGCCUUCCCCUGGGGCUGUGAGCGCAGCUGCCCUCCCUCCCUGACAUGUUCUUCUGUACCAGACACGGGCCAGCUACAGAGCUUGCUUCUACACCAGCUGUGUUCAGCAUACCUUGCUCUGCCAUGGAUCGCUGAGGGUAGCUUCAAUAAGGUGUGAUACACACCGCUGCCUAUUGACCAGACAGUACGAUGCAGUUUAGCAUCCCCUCACAUCUCCCCCUUCGAGCUCUACGGUCCUCCCCUUUACCGUAGUUACACGAUCGCGCUGCCUGUGAACCAUCUCUGAAUCAUCUCUAAUUCCACGACUCGAACACACGGUGGCUCGCUCGUCAGGCUGUCCACUAGUUACAGUGAGUGACUGUGGCUGGUUUGGAAUCCUUGAGUCGUCUUGUUCUGCAUCCGCCAUCCACUGAAUCUGCUCUGUCGAUUGUUCUUUCUGCGGAACAAACUGCAGCUGUCGACGGUGCCCGUUGGACUCUGCACUUGGGGCUUGAUCUCACAUGAGCUGGGCACUGAAUUCUUUGUCUUUACAGCAGCUGGAGUUGCCCAUCCAUUUUCUCCAUCCAGUUUGACAUGGACACAGCCACUAGGUGCUAGGCCCGGCAGCUCUGUAACUGAAUGAUGUGUGUUGUAAAAGUGUUCGUAAAAUGUGUGUUCGUAAGAUCUUCUAGCCUUUUUAGCCGAUUUGGCUGCUCUCUGCAUGUCUGGUCACUUUGGAAAUAGAUUCCCCCCUGGAAAAAGCUGGAACAGUCGUUCUGAGUUGUGUUCCUAUCAGGAGUUGUGCUACACCAUACCCAGUAGCUGCCCUUGGUGUUGAUCUGUAACUCAGCGGACCAAGGAGUGGAUCUGCCUGCUGCAGGAUUUUCUUGGCUGUCUGCACGGCUCUCUCAGCCUCUCCACUCACUUGUGGGGCAUGUGGGCUGCUAGUAACAGGAUAAAAACCCUAGUUUAUUCCAAAUAACUUAAAUCCUGCUGCAGGGCACUGUGGCCCUCUGUUCGUCACUGGUUGUUCUGGAAUAUCGAAUGAGCACAAGUGCGCUUCAGUGUCAGUAACCCUGCGACACGUUAUGUCUGUCAAGUACAUUAUCUCCAUACACCUGGAGAAACAGGCCGCUAUGACCAGAUAGUGAUGUCCUCUGAACUUGAAUAAAUCCGCAGCUAGUCUCUUCCAAGGUCUCUCGGGUAGGGAUGUUUGUACACUGUGUGGUUAAGCAUUGUCUCUUAGAGGUGAUUUGUACUGGGUCUCCUUUCAAAAGUCCAACAUCACCAAAUAUUCCAUCGAGUUCUUCCACCUUUCUCACUAGGUCCUUCAUGGCUGCCACACUGUGGCUGAGAAGGUUGUUGGUCUUCGAUCCUUUGACCACAUGCACAGUGAAUGCGCAGCCUUUGUCUCUAAGAUGAACUGGCCCAUGCACUUCAGAACACCUCCAGGGCUAGUCAGAGCUGGGCCAGGUGAUGUCAGCUCUGGGAGGGGUUGACGGUGAUUGUAUGUCCCUUCUCAGAGGACUGUGACAUCAGCUCCUGAGUCACUUUAAAAGUCAAUAGUCUUGCCAGGAAUAUUCAGGUUCACUCUCCAGGCAGGUGCGGUGUCAUCACAAGUGACAGAUCCCAGAAACAACAGCUCUUGGUUGCUGGUAAUACCAGCCAACUCCCUGACUGCUUUGGUGCAGCCAACAACUCCAGAAUGCCAUAUUUCAUGCAUUGAUUAUACUGUGUGCCUCUGGCUGGACAUGCCUCAUCUCUUGGGAUAUGAUGUUUUCCAUCCCUUCUGCACAUAGGCUGGAAUUUGUUCCUCUUAGCCAGGGAGUUCUCUCUCCUUGCCUUGGGGGGUUUAUAAUAACUUUUAACACUGAAGUGCUUUUUAUAGCUUUUAAGCUAGUUUCCGGUUUUUCAAGUCGCUCCUGCCUUUUGUUCUGUUGCCGGACUAGUUCAGACUGCUUUGCUAUCUGUACAGCUGUGUGUAGGGUUAAAUCUCUGUUCAGCUGUAGCUGCUGUGAAAGGUUUUUAUCUGUUAACCCAGUAACCAGCCUGUCUCUGAGAUUGUCAUGUUUUGUUUUUCCCAAAUCAGAGUUUUCAGCCAAUGCACGCAGAGCUCUUAAAAAACAGACAGCAUUUCCCCUUGCUCCUUGAAGUCUGUGGUGAAAACAUGAUCUUUCAUAAACCACAUUUCUCUGAGGUAUAAAGUAUGAAUCAAACAUAGCCAGAACCCUUUCCUAGUCAUCUUUGUGACUGUCUUCAGGAAAGUCAAAGGAUUUAAAGAUGUCCUUUGCAGGCUUCCCCAGAGCAUAAAUUUAAAAAGAUGUCUGUAUAUCUUCAGCGUUUAUGUGGAGUUCGUUUGCAGUUCAAAAUCUUGCAAUAUAUUGCAUCCAGUCUGUCCACUGGGAAGGUUUGUCAAAGCUGAAGUUCUGGAGCACUGAAAAGUGGCAUGUUGAUGAGUUCCUGCAACCUUUGUUUCUGUUCUUAGUUUACUCCCAACACCACGCCAUGUUCCUCUGUGCCCGAUACCGGCUGGUGACAGAGCUUGCUUAUAGACCAGCUGUGUUCGUCAUGAGAUCCUUUAAAGCUCUGCCAGGUAUGGCUGAGGAUCAUUUAAAUAAGGUAUUAUAUACACAGCACCACCGCGUGGCUGAACACUAUCAUGCAGUUUAGCAUCCUAUUUAACUCCUAUGACCCAAAACACCCUUGCAUUCACACCCUACACACCACUGUGAUCAUCUGUGUAUGACAUAUACCGUGGGGGCAUCAUCUGAAAACUAAUAACCCGCCGGUUAAUAAUAUCAUGGAGAAAUGUCGGUAGCACCAGUGUAUGUAAAGUCAUGAAUUCCCUCGGUACAAUGUUAUUAGCACGUGUUCAAAAUGGGCAGCCCUGCCAAGGCCAAAGGUUGUCAAACAAGCCUAUCCCCAGCAAAGGAAUGUGUGUUUACCGCCAUUUACACAUGUAGUGAACAGGGUCUUCCAGAGAGCAGGGGGAGGAGAGGGCUGGGAAUGGAACAAUCUGCAUUUCAGCAAACUCAAGUAAGGGAAGAAAUAGUCCAGAGCUCCCUUCCCCACCACACUCCAUGUCGCCUUCCUCACAGCUUGAAUAAACUUUACUUUGACUGUAACCUGCAGAAGAAUCCACUUCAAAGGUUCACUGAACGAUAAAAGCAAGAGGCAGAGGACCCCCAGUUCUCUCUCUUUCACCUAAGAAGACAAAGGCCCCAGCACCUUUGGUCUCCUGGGAGAGAUCCGGCCCGAGGAGUGGGUCCAUCACCAUCUUGCUGGAAGAUGGGGGGAGAAGACCAGCUUAAACAAAGCCUGGAACCAAAACUUGCUAGGUUACGUUUCAGACUUUCAGAUGCAUGUUUUCACUUUUAUUUGCUGGUAACUUUAGCUCUUAUACUUGAAUUCACUUCAAAUCCUGUCUUCUUUUGUUUUGUUUUGAAUCCAAACCAGCUCAGUGCUGUGUUUGAACCGAACUGUUUGGUAGCUCUGUUAAACUAAUAAACUGCUGAAUAUUGACUCCUUA